UGUGAGCAGAUCCUUACAGGGCCGGCCUUCACAGCUGUCACAGUCUGCUGGAUGUUGACUCCUUCACUUCAGCCUUGUGUUGCAGACCUCUGCCACUGUGGCAAUCCCAUAGAUGAACACGCAGACUCCUUCUGCCUGUGCAAUACCGUGUCCAGAGUUCUCCAGGCAGUGCGUCCAUGGCUGGAGGCAAACCCAAAACUGGAGAACCAAAGAGCUCUGCUGGAAGUCAUGUCCCCACCAAAUGGAGUACAAGGAGUGUGGGAGUCCCUGCGCUGAUGCCUGCUCCAACCCAGACGCCAGCAACACCUGUGACAACCACUGUAUCGAUGGAUGCUUCUGCCCAGCAGGCACGGUGCUGGAUGAUUUAAAACGGAGAGGUUGUGUCCCACUGAACAAGUGCUCCUGCAGCUACAACAGCAAGAUCUAUGGACCUGGGGAAUCCUACUCCAGUAACUGCAAAAAAUGUGUGUGUGAGAGUGGCCAGUGGAACUGUACGGAGGAGAACUGUCCAGGAAGCUGCUCUGUCGAGGGAGGGGCUCACAUCAACACCUUCGAUGAAAAAGUCUACACCUUCCAUGGGGACUGCUCCUACGUCCUGGCUAAGGACUGCAGUGGAGACCAGUUUGUGAUUCAGGGAGAGCUGACGCAGUGUGGACUGACUGAGAGUGAAACCUGCCUCAAGUCUGUUACCUUGGGAUUGUCUGGAGGGCUUCAUGUGAUCACCAUCCAUCCUAACGGCAAGGUUUUUGUGAACGGCAUCUACGCUCAGUUACCCUUCUCUGCUGCUGGGAUCUCGGCCUUCAGAGCGUCUUCUUUCUACCUGCUGGUGAAGACAUCUGUUGGCGUUCUGUUGGAGGUGCAGCUGCAGCCGAUCAUGCAGCUCUACGUCACAGUGACCAGCGCCUACCAGGCCAAGACAUGUGGUAUGUGUGGGAACUUCAACAGUAACCAAGCUGAUGACUUUCUCAAGCUCAGUGGCGUUCCAGAUGCCACAGCAGCCGGUUUUGUCAACAGCUGGAAGACCCGUGCUGGUUGCCUCGAUGUUAAGAGCAACUUUGAGAACCCCUGCAGUCUUAGCCUGGAUAAUGAGAAGUACGCCAAGCACUGGUGCUCCAUGCUGAGUGACCCUCAGGGAGUGUUUGCCUCCUGUCACUCAGAGAUCAGCCCCGAUUCCUACAAAGAGAACUGCAUGUAUGACAGCUGUAACUGUGAGAAAAGUGAGGACUGCAUGUGUGCUGCAGUCUCCUCCUACGCCCAUGCCUGUGCAGCUGCAGGAAUUCAGCUUAGCGGCUGGAGGAAGACCAUCUGUGGGAAAUAUGCCAGCUCCUGCCCCAGCAGCAUGGUCUACUCCUACAACAUCACGUCCAGCGGUCACACAUGCCGCUGCAUCAGCACCACGGACCUCAGCUGUCACUUCUCCUUCCCGCCCAUCGACGGCUGCGUCUGUGCUGAAGGAACCUAUUUGGAUGACAAUGGGAAGUGUGUCCCGUCUCAGGCUUGUCCCUGUUAUGACAAAGGCUCAGUGGUGCCUCCCGGACAGGUCGUCAACAAGGAUGGGCUCAUGUGCACCUGUAAGGAGGGCAAACUCAGCUGCAUUGGAGAGAUUAUUAUACAGCCAUCAGCCUGUGCUUCCCCCAUGGUGUUCUUCAACUGCUCUGCUAACGGUCCAGCUGCAAAAGGAACUGAGUGUGAGAAGAGCUGCAACACAUUAGACAUGGCCUGUGUGACCACAGAGUGUGUCUCCGGCUGUAUGUGUCCCUCUGGGAUGGUGUCUGACGUUAAAGGAGGCUGCAUGAAGCCAGAGGCCUGUUCCUGUGUUCACAACGGCGUCUCCUACCAGCCUGGACAGACCACCAAGGUGGACUGCAACACCUGCACUUGUAAAGACAGGAAAUGGCAGUGCACUACCAACCAGUGUGACGGAACCUGCUCCGUCCAUGGCGAUGGACACUACAUGACAUUUGAUCAGAAGCGCUUCACCUUUGAUGGAAGCUGUGAAUACAUUCUCACUCAGGUAUGAAUGCACACAAAAACAGAUGAUGAACAGAGGGAUGGACCUGAUGAGCUUGGAUGGUGUUUGAAUUGAUGAGUGCACACACACACUGUCAAUAAUGACAGACUCCUACAUCGAAAUCUGAAUGGCUUGCAGAA